AUGUAUUUCUUCUGUGCUAGAAGAUGUUUCAAAUGUAAUAAUAUUUGCAGACAACGCAGCCGUUCCUAUGAUUCUGAUGAACAAGAGCGUGGGGCUUGCGAGUGGUGCGAAUAUGCCCUCAUCAUCACUCUUGCUACGGUGCUGCUCAUCGGUGUAUCUGGGCUAACUAUUUUCUGGACCUUCUUUUACCGAGAGGGUUAUGGCUGGGCUGACGACAUCCCUGAGAAGCAGUUCAACCUGCACCCAACGCUUAUGGUGGCUGGAUUUGUCACCUUUAGCGGUUUUUCGGUGCUGCUCUACCGUAUUUGCCGCUGCUUCAGACGUAUUUACGUCAAACUGCUGCACGCUAUCUUCCAUGCGUUGGCGUUCCCUUGCAUCGUGAUCGGUUUUCUGGCAGUAUUGGACUUCCAUAACAAGAAGGGGAUUAAUAAUUUCUAUUCCCUCCAUAGCUGGAUAGGAUUGGUCGCUAUGGGACUCUUCGGAAUUCAGUAUGCGGUCGGUUUCUUCAGUUUCCUCCUGCUAUUGAUUUGUAACAAAGGAACCGCGAACUUCCGUGCUUCUUUGGUGCCAAUUCACGCCGCGUUCGGAAUCCUGACCUUUGUUCUUGGAGUAUGCGCUUGUCUUACUGGACUUACUGAAAAGGCUCUCUUCACUCUGGGCAAUGCUACCAUUGGAGAAGUCAGGUACAUAAGUGUUAAAUUAAAUCGACUUUUUGUUUGUAUGGGUAUUCACAGCGCGGAACGGUACAGCGGUCUGCCGGACGAGGGAGUCAUCCUGAAUGCUAUCGGAGUCACCAUCAUAGCCAUAGUUGCUGUCGUCAUGUAUAUCGUGUCUAGGAACAAGUUCAAAACGGAACCGCGGAAUAUGAGAGCCUCUGUGGAUUUGAGCGAGACGUACGCCUCGAUGUCAACCGAGGGUAUUGUGAUUAACGCCAUCGGGAUGUCAGUGGUGGCCGUGGCUAUCGUGGUGCUAUACACAGUACGUGGCACAGGAGGAUACAGACUUCGCAAAGUGGCUCAAAACCCGACAUAA